CCCAUCCUCGACUCUCAAAGCAUCUGCACAACACUCAAGCAACUCUCAAGUCCAUCAUGAGAGUACUGCUCUGGUGCCGAGGACCUCGCCCUCCCGACUACAACAACAACAUAACCCUUUGCAAACGCUGCUACUACUAUAUUGCUACGAUCGCAGUAUCUGAAACAUCCUCCGACCAAAGAAUUUCGGAAUCAAGUAGGAUUUCUCUCGUGUGGUGGGCUUAGUUACCCGGUUAGAACCAACCGUAAUGCAUUGCAUGUGUAAUUGGGCCUAGUCGUAGUUAGCUUUUCAUGUACCCCAGUUCAACCCAGGCUGGAACCUGUAGCGAGUUAGGAUAGGGGUGGAACUCGUUUGCAGGAUAGGUUAUGAAGGGUUGGACAGGCUGGCUAAUUGUAAAUUAGAACCGGCUGUAGUGGGUUGGAGGGAGAAUUUGUCCCUAGUGACAUUUUCUACCACCUGCACACUAGUGACAAGAUAGGUGGACAAGAAUAAAGUAGCCGUUAAGGCGGACGAGCACCGUCGCCGUAUUGGACAUUUCAAUGUAACAUGCAGAAGCAAGCAGACGGCUGCGGGAUGGACGGGAUUUUUUUCGUCGCGGCUGCCGGGAAGGUGUAUAAAAACCUUUAUCUGGCAGUACGGGAUUUGUAGCUCCAAAUGCGCGGUCGUUUAAUUUCCAUUUGCGAUUGGGAUUAUAUAAGCAACUGGUUGAUAUCAGCUGCCCUCGUUUUUCAGCCGACUGUUUGUUGUUGCGUUCGUUUUCUUCCAGCAACCAUUUUGAACCUUUGGCCAUGUCCCUUCCACUCCGUCAACUCACUCGCAUCCGACCGCCGCACGGUUCUUGUUCUCUCAGCCUCGCUCGCUCCCUCAUUCAAACUCGCUCGUUGGCAACCCAAGCACACAAUUCGUCACUAGACAGUGUUCGGCCCUACAAGACCCGCUCUACCGCAGAACUGCUAAACUCCCUCUUGGUCUUUCAACUAUGUGCAAUGCCAAAGAUAGUGGAGGCAUCUCCCACGAUUUUGGAGUGGGCCGAAAAAAUGAAACUGACUCGGCCGGUUUAUGCCGUCAUCAAGCAGACUUUCUUUAGACAUUUUUGUGGUGGAGAAGACCUUGCCGAGGUUGUUCCGACCAUGGAAAACUUCAAGAGCCUAAAAAUUGGCAGCAUCCUUGACCUGGCCCUUGAAGCGGAUGUGGAUGCGGCUUCGCUUUCAGGACCUGCUGCGCAAGAGCAAGCUCGUAAAGUUGCUGGGAUGUUUAAAGAGAGUAUUGACAUAGCCAGCAAGACACCAGGAAGCUUCAUUGCGCUAAAAGUCACUGCGCUCGUUCCCCCAUUGAUUCUCCAGCGCUGGAGCAAUACGCUUGUGCUACUGCAAGCGGCUUUCCGGAAAGCUGACCGAAACGGAGACGGUAGGCUGAGUCUGGAAGAAUUUUUGGAGCUUUCAGCUACAUUUCCUCAUCUGAGAGGCGACACGGCAAGUGCACUGUUCGCUGCUACGGAUCGCGAUAAGGACGGCUUCAUCGACUGGCUUGAUGUCACGGAUACGUUCUCACUCUACAACUCAUCUGCAUCUCGCUCCCUCAUCCGUCCUCCCAUUGAACCAGUCACACCCGAUAAUCAACUCAUAUCCGCCGACGAUCUCGAUACUACAGACCUUGUCAUUCCCGAUAUUGAUAUCGUCGCACAGCACGCCCGUGACCUCCGCGUCCGAAUUCUAGUAGACGCGGAGCAAACGUAUUUCCAGCCGGCUAUUGAUGAUGUUGGAUUGAAUCUGUGCAAGAAAUUCAACCCACCGCACCAUGGUCCUAAUGAGGCCGGAAGACGCGGUCCUGUCUUGUACAAUACCUACCAGUUGUAUUUGAAGGACGGAUACGAACGGCUGGUGCUAGAUGUGGAGAGGGCAGAGCGGAACGGAUACUCGUUUGGCGUCAAAAUAGUGCGUGGCGCCUAUAUGCAUGCCGAACGGGAGCGUGCCGAGGAACUAGGAAUUCCAGAUCCUAUUCAACCUACCAUCGAAGCUACCCAUGCUGCCUACAACAAGGCCAUCGAUUUCCUGGUGAACAAAAUAUCCGGGUUUCAAAGCCCUGACUCGAAUAUAACAGUGGAAGGGAACAUUCGUCCGCUUAGUUUUGUUGUCGCAUCGCAUAACCAAAAUUCGGUGGAACACGCAUGCCAGCAAAUGAAUCAGUUCAAUGUUCCGGCAGGAGAAGGAUCCGUGGCGUUUGCACAGCUGAUGGGUAUGCAAGAUGGGACAACUUUCUCGUUGGCGAGCAAAGGAUACAAGGUAUUUAAGUACAUACCGUACGGACCUAUUGGUGUGACGAUUCCCUAUCUCCAGAGACGUGCACUUGAGAAUUCCGACGUGCUUGCAGGGGGUGGUGGGAUAGUGCAAGAUCGGAAAGCGAUAUUGAAUGAGCUGAAGCACAGGUUGGGUGUCGGUCGCAGUGCAGGAGGGUUUACGGGUCCUCUUCGUUCAAAGGUAGCGUAGAUAGCUUACCACAUCAGCAUGUAGCCAUAAUAGGAAAAUAGGCGGCAUAGUCACUGUUACUACCAUAUUGGGAUAAAUGAAUGCUGCGUUUCAGCAAGGCGCUAAGCGUCAAAGUUCACACA